CCCAAACGAAGGAUUUUCAUCGUCGAUAUCGUCAGAAUCACCUCUUUUCCGUUUUAGAUUGUUCAUCUAGCGAUCAUUAAUUUUACUGGUUCUUGAGCUUGAAUGUCCCCUUCUUUGGAAUCAUGGUUGAAGAUGACAUUGAACCAGAGGCGCUUCAAGCUCAAAUCGACCUUUCUAUGUCAGUUACGAAUGACCUCGUUUCCUCAUGGAUGAAGCCUUCAAACAAACCGAAAACACUCUAUAACCAGACAUUAGAGGCAGAGCUCAAGGAAUAUAUGCGUAGACCGCCGAGACUUGGUGUCGGAGCUUCCAUCCCAGAGUCCACCUCUGUUUCUUCUCGAGAAACGGCACGCUUAAAAGGAAGUCUGGUCGGUAAAGGCAAGAAGCGCGCCAGAGAAGAUGAAGGAGACUCGUCCAGUAAGCUAUCAGACGAUGAAGGAGAGAGUAGAGCAGGCGCGAUUCGGAAGAAGACUGUACCCAAUCCUUUCACUAUGCCGACACCCAAGAAGAAGAAACUGUCUCAGGUCGGGGGUACUAUGAAUGUUAACAGUGGAUCUAUUGUUAAGCCCCCAGGCAACGCUGGCGGGGAUAUCAAAGACCACACAUCGCUCGCGCAAGUGAUGGAACCCAUCCCUCAGUCUCAUGUCGGUCAGGACAAGAAAAAACAGGAUACUACAGACUCUUGCCCUCCCAUACUGGUGAGAAAACAGAAAGACUCUAUGACUGAAAAAACUUCACCCGACUCAUCGAACCAGACUGCCCCAAGUCCUCCCUCAUCACCUGUUCCAAAAAAAACACAUAGCCAUGGACCAAAUUCAUCUCAGUCGGACGCAACACACACCGUGUUAAAUCUCAAUGGUCCUGUUGGGGAUCCAGGAGACAAUUCUGAAUCUGACGAGGUGGGUGCAUCGCCAUCGAAACCCAAAAAGAAGCGUAAGAAACGGAAGAAAAAGAAGAAGGCGCAGAUUAUUGGAACGGGAGAAGUUCUGACAUCAGAAGUGUCGACACCCAAUUCAUGACUGCCUUUUUUUGGUGUUUUUGGCUAUGUCUAGUAACUUUCUUACUGUGCCUGAUGGCUUCCACGUUGCGAUUAGUGACUCUGAGGGCAAGUGUUUUGUUGUCGGAGAUCAUUAUAUUUGUCGGAGACUGGAGUGUACAUGCCUUCAAUUGUUUGAAUCCAUAUGAACGAGAUUUCAUUAGCAAA